AUGGCUGCAGUCAUUGCUUCACAGCUGGCUCGUCCUUGCAUCCGUCACUUCUCCGCGCACCGCCCACGCCCGGAUAGCCGCGCGGCUCGCGCAGUCGCCAUGACCUGCAUCAUCUCUGGCGUAGCAUUACCCUUUGUGCCACCCGCCCUCGAAAGUUCGCGCCAGCGCAACUCCAGCGAUCCCAGUGUUAACAAACCAAAUCCUCCUCUCUGCUUCCACGCUCGCUAG